AUGGAAGUCAAGAUCUGUAUUUCAGAAGGGGAGAAGCCGCGUGCUUGUGAUGUCCUGCACCCCACCACUCUCAACAUCGAACGUGGCAUCAAGUGCUUCGGCAUGACGUCCCUACCUCUCAAAAUCCGAGUCGGGGUCCGGGAGCAUUGGACUAAGGAAGACGGUCCACUCCAGACAACUCUGCGUGACCUGCAAGCGUUGCUAGGCCACAAGGUCGUGGUCGAACCGGAAUGGCCACUGCUGGCGGAUAAACUGGACGCUUUUUACACAGACAAGACUACCUUAGUCGUUGUCGUGGCUGGCUGCAUUCAGACUUGGGCAAGAUGCAUGUUCGAGUUACUGGAAGACCCGGUGAACGAGGACUGGACUGAGAAAGUACUUGAGAAGGUGCCCGUUCGAAUGGACGUCUUUGUCGAGGUGUCGGCCACGGACAACGCAACGACCACGUGGUCGGAACAUCGUGGCGGAUUUAUCGUGGAAUUGCCAAAUAAGCUGGUAUCUCUGCCUGCUGAACUCUUUCCCGUCUUCCAAGGCCAGCUUCUAGAAUGCUUCGAUCCCGUUACGAAGUUGCAGUUACCAGAGAGGGGGGCCACGGCAGCGGCUGGUGACGAUUGGGAGGGUGUCGAAGUCGAUACCGCGACGGGCAGGCCCAAAGUGGUCGAGUCGACGACAAAAAGUUCGGCGGCCGAGUUCAUGCCAGACGCUGCCUCGCUUCCACGGCCAAAUGAACUCUUCCUCCGACCCCCAUACCACCUUACGCUGCUCCCCGGCCACCAGCAGAUCGAGCUUCAUGGCAGCCAUAGCCCGACGUUAGAGUUCAUCGCUACGUACCUGAAGCGAUGGUCCCGGGUUAACCACACCGACACCAGAAAACCCGCCGGCGUCCAGGUCACCCUCCACCAGUCCUCCUUCGGCCAGGGUGGGAUGUUCGACCGGUUAACGCUGAGUACCGAACACAACAGAUACACCAAUGAAUUUGUGGUGACAUCGCCCCUAAUCGUGUCCCUCAUUGAAGGUGUGCUGGGGUACCGGUUGGUUUCUGCUCAUGAAGGCUGGAAUUUCCAGAGAGAUGUCGAGUUUAAGAAGUUAUGA